UAUGAAUGCCGAAUUAGUUUUUAUUAUUUUUUAUUUUAAACUCUCAAAUGUAAAUCGUGCUGUUUACCAGUUUUCCAAUAAAUCAUUUAAUACUUUGUAACAAUAUCUCUCACAAAUUAUGUUAUAAGAUGGUUAUAAGCAAAACCACAGAAGCAAAACUAAAACCGCCUGUACUUAAUAUGCCCAACACCAAUUUUAAUACAAAGAAAAUUACCACGAUUUUACAAUAAUGUCUUGUAAUUAUGCAGAAGGCCUGUCUCCAUACGAGCAUAAAGGCAUACUUGGUGCCCCAGAGAAAUUUGAAACCAUUGACAAAUUGAACGAGAAAUGCAGGAUUCUAGCAGAUCUGAUCAAAAACAGUAAACACACAGUAGUGCAUACUGGUGCAGGCAUAAGCACUUCUGCUGGUAUUCCAGAUUUCAGAGGGCCAAAUGGAGUGUGGACUUUGGAGAAAAAGGGUAAAAAGCCUUCAGUCAACAUUUCUUUUACUGAUGCAAAGCCUACAAAGACACACAUGAUCAUAAAGAAACUGGUAGAAGAGAAUAAAGUCCAGUAUGUAGUGAGUCAGAACAUUGAUGGCUUGCACCUCAAGUCAGGUCUGCCGAGGAAAUACCUGGCUGAACUCCAUGGGAACAUGUUUGUGGAUGAAUGUAAUCUGUGUAAAAGGCAGUUUGUAAGGAGUUCUCCUGUUGAGACAGUGGGAAAGAAAUGCAGUGGUGUCCAAUGCGCAGCGGGCUACAAUGGUGGGAGACCGUGUCGAGGACGGUUGUAUGAUGGAGUCUUAGACUGGGAACACAGCCUACCUGAGAAUGAUCUUCUUAUGUCAGAGUGGCAUUCUGGUAUAGCAGAUUUGAGUAUAUGCCUAGGAACAACACUGCAAAUUGUGCCAAGUGGUAAUUUGCCUGUGGAAACAGUGAAAUAUGGUGGAAAACUGGUGAUAUGCAACUUACAACCCACUAAACAUGACAACAAAGCUGAUUUACUUAUCAAUUAUUAUGUUGAUGAUAUUUUAGAAAAGGUAAUGAAUAUUUUAAACUUAGAGAUACCAACAUACAAUGAGGAAGAAAACUUCACAAAAUUAGCAGAAAAUAGUAUAAUUGACUGGACUAUAAAUAGGAAGGAUGUGCUUGCUUUGGAAAAAGUUUUUAAAAGUAAGUGCAAAGGUGUAAAGAAAAAAAGAAUUUUGGUCAAAAGUAAAAGAAAAAGUGAGGAUGUCUCUGAAAAUGUAUUGGAUGAUGAUAAAACAAAGAUUGUUAAAUUGGAAAUCAAAGAAGAGAUUGCUGUAAAUACAUAGUAUGUAUAAAUUAACAUAAUAUCUACGAAUAAUAAAAACUAAGGAA